AUGCAGGCCCAUGUCUCAGGAGGUGCCGAUGCGCACCAACGAGGGGUGCCAUCACGAGCUGUAAAGCUGAAAUCGCUGAGCUGCGUCUACUGUCGACAGAAGAAAAUUCGUUGUAACCGGCACGACCCGUGUUCGAACUGCAUCAAAGCCAAUGCCGAGUGUACCUUUCCACGUCCUGCGCGAAAUGCCCAAAAGAAAAGACACACUCAAACUUCAGAGUUGACAGCGAGAAUGCGCCGGCUAGAGCAAGCAAUCUUCGACCUCGGUGAAAAUAUAAGAUUACGCGAUAAGACACCUGCCUCGUCGGCAGGUUCAUACUCGCACCCUGUGCGAGAAAGAUCAACCGACACGAACGCCACAGUGACUCCGGGAGAUCUCGUUGAUACAUCCCCGGAUAACAAUCAAGGACGGGGUAGUAUCGAACUAGAACUGCAGGGAAUCAAUAGCAGACUGCUUUUUGGCCCUAACCUCAUAGCGCAUCGCUUGCCAUUUAUCCGACCGAACCCCCUGCAGCGGCAGACAAUUUGGCAAAGUUACCUGGAGAACGUGGCUCCGCUUGUGACCAUCGUACAUCGGCAAAGUCUGGAAAAUAUUCUGGCGCAAGUGAACGAAUCUGAGGAUACUCUGGAUACUCUUGAAGCAACAGAAAAGGCACUGGUUUGCGCCGUAUACCUAUCUGCGAUCAUGAGCAUGACACCUGCUCAGUGUUUCGACAAACUUGGCGAACAGCAAGAGUCGGUAGUCGUUCGAUACCGGUUGGCUGUCGAGCAAGCGCUCACCGAGGCUGAUUUAUUCAACUCUCGUGACCUUACCUUGCUUCAAUCUGCCCUCUUGUACCUGAUCUCCAUUCGACGGCAUGAUAAAGGAGAUUUUGCCUGGACCAUGACAGCGGUCAUAUUGCGACUCGCGCAACGAUUGGAGCUUCAUCGCGAAAGCGCUCUAUCCGCUACAUUUCCCAUGAAUGCUGAGAUGUCGCGCCGAGUUUGGUGGCAUAUCUUGGCGCUGGAUGUGCAAUCUGCGGAGGAUCAUUGUACCGAGCCGCUCAUCCAUGAUGGGCAGUUUGACACCAGAUUUCCACUAAACAUCAACGAUGAAGACCUGGUUCUCGGGGCCGAAGGGUUUCCGUGUGAACGCUCGGGUUAUACAGACAUGACUUUUUCCCUGAUCAGGUUCGAGAUAACAGCUACUUAUCGUCUCCUGAAAUAUUCAUCGUUCACAGAACCCGAUUACUCUCCCGAGGAUUCGUUGGCGAGUCGCCAGCAGCACGUUAUUGGCCUGGAGCAUCGUCUGCGCGAAAAAUAUCUUCAAUAUUCUAGCACAACAGCCACUGUCCAUUGGCUCUGUGCUACCAUUUCUUGGCUAGUCCUCGCUAAACUCCGAGUUUCUGUCUAUGAUCCUGUGACGUCCGGAGAUAUGUCGAAUACAGGCCUCAAAGCGGACAUUCGGGAGUUUCUAUUUGCGACAUCAAUCGAUAUAAUCGAGCUCUCGGUUAUCUUAGAGACCAACCAGAAAGACCUUGGCAAUUGGACUUGGAUGUUCAAAAAUAACAAUCAGUGGCAUGCGCUUUCCUUUGUCCUGACAGAGCUCUGUCUCCGUCCCUGGGCACUGAUGCGGACCGUGCUUGGCGUGCAGUAG